CAAAGACGCGACGUCCCAGUUCCUGCUCUUAUAAAUGUGCACGGAUCGGCGCAGACUGGGUACCAGAUAAUGAGAGAGACACUAGCGGUGCAACAGACGACAAGACAUCGGACCUGUCCGUCCUUUAGUUUUUAUUUCGAUUUUCGCGUUUAUCCAGGUGUGUUAUAGUAGGAAAUAAGAUGGCCACGUCUGCCAGCGCCACAUUGAGUAAAGCUGUCAAGCAGCAGUACAUGGAGCUUUCUCAGGGGGAUAAAGUCCAAGCCAUGUAUAUUUGGAUUGAUGGAACCGGAGAGGGGCUACGCUGCAAAACCAGGACGCUGGAUUUUGAGCCCAAAAGCAUCGAAGAUCUACCAGAGUGGAACUUCGAUGGCUCCAGUACCUACCAGUGUGAGGGCUCCAACAGCGACAUGUAUCUGAUUCCUGCUGCCAUGUUCCGGGAUCCAUUCCGUAAAGACCCUAACAAGCUGGUCCUGUGUGAAGUGCUCAAGUACAACCGCAAACCUGCAGAAACUAACCUUCGACUCACAUGCAGCAAGGUGAUGGCGAUGGUGGAGGACCAGCAUCCUUGGUUUGGCAUGGAGCAGGAGUAUACCAUUCUGGGCACAGACGGACACCCUUUUGGCUGGCCAUCUAAUGGUUUCCCUGGACCACAAGGUCCAUACUACUGUGGUGUGGGAGCUGACAAAGCCUAUGGCAGAGAUAUAGUGGAGGCCCAUUACAGAGCCUGCCUGUAUGCUGGAGUUGAUAUCUGUGGCACAAAUGCAGAAGUGAUGCCUGCUCAGUGGGAGUUCCAGGUUGGACCUUGUGAAGGGAUCAACAUGGGUGAUCAUCUCUGGGUGGCACGCUUCAUCCUGCACCGUGUCUGUGAAGAUUUUGGCGUUGUUGCCUCAUUUGACCCCAAGCCAAUCACGGGCAACUGGAACGGUGCUGGCUGCCAUACAAACUUCAGCACAAAAGAGAUGAGGGAAGAAGGUGGAUUAAAAGCCAUUGAAGAUUCCAUUGAGAAGCUUGGGAAGAGGCACAGCUAUCACAUCCGUUCCUAUGAUCCCAAAGGGGGGCUCGACAACGCCCGCCGUCUCACCGGCCAUCAUGAAACCUCAAACAUCAACGAAUUCUCCGCAGGCGUGGCCAACCGUGGCGCCAGCAUCCGCAUUCCUCGUAACGUCGGCCAGGAGAAGAAGGGCUACUUCGAGGACCGUCGCCCAUCGGCCAACUGUGACCCGUACAGUGUGACCGAGGCCCUGAUCCGCACCUGUUUGCUGAACGAGGAGGGAGAUGAACCUACGGAUUACUAAAUCCACAACUCAGUGACUCUCUUCCACUGCCCUCACGACUUAUCUUUUCUUUAAACUAGUACUGUAUUUUUAUUUUUUCUCUCCUUCUGAGAUGAUUUAACCUCCAUUUUAAUGGCUUAAAGUUGGCUGGUCAACUUAAAAUGUGACAAGGAAAUUUCCUUGGUAGAUAUGCGCUGGUAAUGGCAGGGUAUGUCUUUCCCCUCUUCUUUAGAAGGGAGUGGCUUUUGUAACACUGUUUUAUAGCCCAUGUCAUAUCUUUCCCUUUUCUGUUUGACUAAAAUGAACUAAAGCAUAUGGAUGCUGAAGAGUAGAGCUGCUAAGGCUGGACAGCAUGUGUAACUUAAUCAUAAAUCUGACUAGUUCAUGUACUGUUAAUAUGUUGACCUGCAUUUUUAAUUAUCCAGUCUUCAAUAUUACUAACUCUUGAUAUACGAAGUGUCUAUAUUUUAAAUGGCAAUGUUUGAUGUCUUCAGUUUUCGACACACUGGGUCAUCUUGUAUGGUACAUUUGUAGAUGUCUGUACCCAGACUUAUGUUGUCCAAAUGUGGUGGAUCUGUCCAUAAUGCCAUUUGUAGAUUUUCCUCAAGGAGUUUUAUCCUUUUGUUAACUGCAAUAUUGUAAUGCACCUGAUUUGGUAAAAGAUGUUUACUGGACCUGGUGUUUUUUAUUGAUGCAUUUAAAACUUUUAUUUUUAUCACAACAAAGCUGUAUGACUCUUCACUUCAAAACUUACGAUAUAGCUUCGGCAAAUGUAUUUGUUUUCCAAGAGCUGGGCAAGAUCGAUACCUCUAUGCGAUAAAUAAGUUAGCUUAGCAUAAAGACUGGAAGUUGUGAAAGGGCACCUUGAAAGUUUAGUGAUUUAACACACAUUUUGUUAGCUUCACACAGGCUAGCUGUUGCCCUUGAUUCCAGUCUUUAUGCUCUGCCAGCUAGCUGGCUGCUGAAGUGGAGAUCAACAAUGGAGCUCAAAGCUCUUUCAAAACAUGAAUUCAUAAUGAUGGAGCACACAUCCCAUAAAACUAGUGCAUUUUUUUUGUUCUAUUAAAUUUGGUCUGUAGGUCUUGCACCGCAACGCUCACACUUGUAAAAGCUGUGCUGCUGGUGCCAGCAUUUUACUGAAAGCAGUAAACAUUAAAAAAAAGAAUUGCACUUAAAGGUAA